UCAAGGUACUGUAGAUGGGAGUGGUGCGCAUGCGCCCUAGGCGGCGGGGCUGAAUGUUUCCCAAGUGUUUGAAACUGGUAUUUGGGUUUUCCACGUUGGAUCAAGUGCGGCGCGUAGGGGAGAAGGCGGCAUUCAUACCCACCGGCGGAACAGGAGCAGCAGCUGCAUUCGCCGAGAGGAGCUUCUCCGCCCCUUCUGCCUAUCUGUAGGCAGAACAGAACAGAUCGUAUUUGUCUUUUUAAAAAAAUAAUAAUCUUCCUCUCCUUUCCCCUCCCGUCUCUUGUACACACACACACACACAAAUCCCUCUCCGAUUGUUCGUACCACCUCCUUGGUGAGUUACCGACAACGACAGCCAUUCAAUCAGCUGCUUCGGCUGCUCUGAGGCUGUAGGGACUCUCGGGCUGUGUGUGUGUGUGUGUGCGCGCGCCUGCCUUGCCUUGCCUGCCUGCCUUUCUACUCUGGGAAGAAAAGGACUCAGAUGUAGCUCGCUCGCUCUUUUUCUUUUCCCCCCCUCUUUUUGGAGUGGGUUCUUUUCUCCUUUUUUGUGAGAUCCGAAGGAACAGGAGGACGGAAAAGAGGAGCGGCGAGGACGGAGACUCUGCCAUUGGGGGCUGCUGUGUUUGAAAGGAAAACUCUCGCCCAUUUAGGGGUGAGAGGAGAGGAGGAGGAGAAGGAGAGAGAGAUAGAUAUAGAUAUAUCUAUACUCACAAUUUUCGGCCGGAUGAAAAUGUUGAACCCUGCAAACGGAGAGCAGCUUCAUUUAGCGAACUAUGUGGAGGAUUACCUGGACUCCAUCGAAUCUCUGCCCUUCGAUCUGCAGAGAAAUGUCUCCCUGAUGAGGGAAAUUGACGCCAAAUAUCAAGAGAUCCUAAAGGAGCUGGAUGAUUAUUACGAAAAAUUCAAACGAGAGACCGAUGCAGUACAAAAGAGGAGGCUGUUGCACUUAAUACAGAGAGCCCUGAUCCGGAGUCAAGAACUGGGAGACGAGAAGAUUCAGAUUGUCAGCCAGAUGGUAGAACUUGUUGAGAACAGAACCAGGCAAGUUGACAGCCACGUAGAACUGUUUGAGACCUGCCAGGAGACCAAUGACACUACUGGAAACAGUGGCAAAACUAACCAAGAUAAGUCAAAGAGCGAGACAAUCACUCAGGCCGAGAAGCCCAACAACAAACGGUCCCGGCGGCAAAGAAAUAAUGAGAACCGAGAGAAUGCGUCUAAUAAUCACGACCACGACGAUAUCACCUCAGGAACUCCUAAGGAGAAGAAAGCAAAAAAGUCCAAUAAAAAGAAGCGUUCCAAGGCCAAAGCAGAGAGGGAGGCUUCUCCAGCCGACCUCCCCAUUGACCCUAAUGAGCCAACCUAUUGCCUGUGUAAUCAGGUCUCCUAUGGAGAAAUGAUAGGCUGUGAUAAUGAUGAGUGCCCAAUUGAAUGGUUUCACUUUUCGUGUGUGGGACUCAAUCAUAAACCAAAGGGCAAGUGGUACUGUCCCAAAUGCAGAGGAGAAAAUGAGAAAACUAUGGACAAAGCACUGGAGAAAUCUAAAAAAGAAAGAGCCUACAACAGGUAGUUUCCAAAUCAGAGGAUAAUUAACGGAGUGAAAACAAAUAUUUAUUCUCUUUGUCUCACCUUUUGUGGAGGUGCCAGGAUUGUAAAAUGUAUAUUUUUUAAGGAGGUUACAAAUCAAAGCAUUCUUGUAAUAGGGAUGGCGACUGAGGAAAUGUUUGUUUUUUCCUUUGAUACAGCUGUCAACAACAAAACGGUUCUUUGGGCCCAAACAUACAGUGAGAUGAUAAGGAGUUGGCACGUAAAGUCUGGGUUCAUCUUUAUUAAAAACAUACUUCCACAAGUUGGUUAAACUCCCCAUGAAAAUGUAGAUAGUAAACAUGUUUUGGAUAGCAUUCCUUUUUUUCCCUUUAAACGGGAAUGCUGUUGCUCUUUCCAGAAAAUUGUUCUAUAGUCUGUUAAAUAAACUAGCAGUGCAUUGCAGACUUGUCCUAAACACAUCAAUCAAAUCCAUUAUAAGAGUGUAGUAUAUUUAUGCUCAUUGAUUUCACUGGGUUUAAGUGCACUUAACUCUUGAGUUGGAUUAUGGCCGUUUACAUGGAAAUAAGUUCCAAUUUUUUUCGGUCAUAACUACUCCUAAUAAAGUGGUUUAGGAUUGCAGCCUUACACCCAAUUUUAAACAACUUGCUGGGAAUUGAGGACCAUUUCUUUCAAUGGGACUUGCUUCUAAGGGAUGUGUUUAGGAUCAGGGUGCUCAUUUCUUCUGGUGACGAUCAAUGCAAUAGCAAAGAAAAAGUUACAGCAUGGGUCCUGUUACAUGUCAGACUCUAGCAACUCAAUAACAAAUGUUUAACUUACAAGUUACAAGCUUAUUUUUUAAAAAAAUGUGCAAAAGGUUAAAUUUUACACAACGUAUUUUAUAUACUGGCCAAAUACCACAAGGGCCUUUUUAAAAAUGAUUUAGUAUAUUUUGUAUUUAACCAGGAAGUGGUUUAGUAAUGAAACUUAACAUAAAUCAAAGCUUUAUACUGUCACAGAUAAUAGUGUAGCAGUCUUUACUUUGUAUAAGUUGUAAAAAUGUACAUUUUUCAAGUGGAGUUGCACUUAACUGUAUUAUAAUUGGAAAUGCAUCCACAUGACAUGGUGUAGCCAAUAUGCAUUUCUCUCUGUAUGUAUGAAAAUUGUACAGCUGUGAUAUUAAGGAAUAAAUUAAACAAGUUGGAUAGGCUUGUUCACUUGCUUUCCGUUUUCCUCCCCAUUUCUUGUGUUGUGUCUGCUCGAUUGUGAGCCUGCAGGGAAGGGACUGUCUUAUCUUUUUAUUUACAGACAGGGCUUAGAACAGCCUUGUAUGCAAGAAUAGUUAUUAUCAUGAACAUUUUUUAACAAGUCUGCUAAGAGGCUUGGGGAGGGGGAAUGCCUUCUACCAAGCAGGCUGGCAGAGGAGGGAUGGAUCACUUUUGCCAGCACAUUACCGGUAGCUUUCUGUGCUGGUUGCGAAAGAUGGGGUUUGCCUUUCUUUUGCAGCCAACAUGGAAACACAGUAGGCCGGCAAGAGGAGGAACAGAGUCAUCAGUCCCUACCUCUUGGUUUGUCCACUACAUUUCUGUGGCGGCUGGGAAAGAAAAGAAUUUCACAUCAUCCAUGACCAGCGUGGAAACCAAAACAAGCUAUCACCGAAAGAAGAUCACUAGCCUGGAUGGAAUUCAAUAUAAAACUGACCUAGGAAAUUAAUUCCAGGUACGUGAUACACAGGUACGUAAAGAUCCAAAGCAACAUUCGUGCAAAAGGUGAGAGAGUUGGCAUUGCACAAGCUAAUCUUGUUGCACAAGUGAUAGCGGCGUGACAAUGCAAAAAUGUUGUAUAUUAACCCGGCACAAUGCUUCCACCAGCACAAGCAGCCUGUUGGAUUUGACUGUUGCAAUACAUUAAGGACAGGGCUCCCACUAGUGGCGUGACGGUUGUGCUAGUGGUUGCCACAAUUCGAUCCCUUUCAGGGUCAGUAUAUAUUUCCACUCCAACACUUUUCAUUGUGGGAGUUGUGCACACAAACUGCUGCUGCAGUUCUCUUUCCCAAAUGCCUAACAAGUACCACUUUGAUUACCUAUUCACAGCGCCUUUAUCCAUCUCUUCUCAAUCCCUCCUGGCCUAAUUGUAUUGGCCAGAAUGCAGUCCGUCCUUUUCCUCAUCCAAAACAACCUGUAAUUGCCAAAAAGUGCAGUAUUACUGCCACCACCAUGUCAAGGCUCUAUUACAGCCAGGGUAUGGAACUGAGUAAGAUCAGUAUCUUUGUUUAUUCUAUGUAUAUUUAAAACUCGUACAAAAAAAAAAUCAUGUCUCUGUACCAUUUAUGGCUUAUUUUUAUUCUGUUAAAGAGUCAUGGGUUAAGUCACCACUCAUUGUAGCUUCAAUCUGCAGCCAGUAGCUCAGUUUCAUAUCUGCUGAAGUUAAACACUAGUUUCCGUAAUGCCUGUUUUGAGACUUUGGAAGUAGAAACUGAUACAAGAUUUGUGCCUUCUAGAUAUGUUACUGUGAUGGAGCUUGGAGUGGUUUUCACCAGGGUUAUCGUGUACAGUGUCCACAAAGUCUUAUCUCAGAAUGCUGUUUGGGUGUAUAGUGUGCUAAAAUAACAUUACUGCUGUGUAAAUAUCAUCUAGGAAAUUAAACUGAUAUAUGAACUUCAUAGUUACUUCUUGCUGGUUUAUAUGCCAAGGGGUGCUCCCCAAAAAUCUGGCAGAGCUGAGCUGAUACUUUUACAUGACACUUCGUACCUCUGGGAAAUUAACAGACUGGAAAAGAUCUGAGGGUCUGCUCAUAUAUUUCCCACUUGAAACUUCAGGAGAGGUCCCUGUUGAGUUGAAAGAUCUAGUAGCAGCAGAACAACAGCUGUAAAAAAGACACUUGAAAUAGAUGUCUGCGGGAUCUCCCAAUAAGAAAUUAAAAUAUAUGCAGCCAUCUUUCCUUCUUUUCAUUGGGGAAGAUAUUGCUGUUCUGAUUUAAGCAACUCUCCUUGCCUAAAGACUGCUGUAUAUCUUCUCAUCCACUUUCUCUAGUAGUUGUUUUUUGUGGAACAAAUGCAAUAACCCCUCCAGCAGACAACAUCAACUCAAUUUGGUUAAGUUAACCUAGCAGCAGGCCCUGCCCCCAACAAAACGCAAUGCAACCAAU